AGUUUAAUUCUGUUCGGUAGAAUAAAAAACAUUAACUGUAACGAUUAGUUUCAAAAAGGUAUCUCCUUCUCUCGCGCCUGUUUAUCCCCAUUCCAUGCUUUAAUUCAUCCCCCCACGCCAUUCAUCAACAAUGCGCAACAACAGCAACAACAACAACGAAAACCCCAAGACAGCUAAUCGUGGUCAGAGAAUGACCGCGGAUAUUCUUUGCACGCGAAACUCAACCCAGUACACAACGCAACGGCCGGCAGUCGUGGUUCGUCGCUUACGGCGCGUAGAUAUCAUUAGUUCAGUGUGCUCAUUGCAUCCGUGCGCCAAGAUAGGCGAAUUAAAGGUUGAUCGUUCAUUUCGUGGUGCAUUAGAAUGACUCUCAGCGGAAAGAUGCGUUAUCUAUGCAUCUGUUUCAUGAUUUUGACCAUCAUUGCACAAUGUUUUGCCGUUACACCGACGGGAAAGGUGGACUUCUCUGAGGCGGACGAUUUAAACGAUGAAACUAACAGUGGAUUCGUGAGUGUGUACAAAAACUACCCAAAGAUCCAGGUGACGGUGGACACGCAGAAGCUUAAGCGCGUUCCCCAGCCGGAAACGAAAAGUGAUGAAUCGAGUUCGGGUAGUUCGGGCAGUUCCGGUUCGGAAUCGAUCGAACGGCCCUCGGUCGGUGUGCGGACGGAUAUAACGAUUGAAAUAUCGGAAGAAUCUGCGAACGAUACGCGAACCGGUGAUCGUGACGGGAAGAAGGAUCGCAAUGGACCGGGUGGUCUUGGGAAUGGUGAUACCGCCAGUGGGAAAAAGGAUCGCAAUGGCAAUGGAAAGACAGCGGAUGAGGAUGAUGACAAUGCGAGCAUACCGGUGUUCAAGGGUACGGCAGGUGUUUCGACCAAGAAACCCAAACCGACACCAACGCGUGGUGCUCCAAUUGGUCCUAAACCUGGGGUAACGCUUAGCCAGCGACCUACUGUGACCAGUUUUUACGGACCAGGAGGUGAUGAUCGUAACCGUAUCAGUGGAGAAUAUGAUGGAUGGAAUUCGCAUUAUCCAUCGCACACGGUGACAGCGGUUUGGACUACCGAGAGACCAUACCUUCGGCGGGUGGAUUAUGAUUAUUCAGGGCAACAUCGUUCACCUCCGUACUACAAGGGUUACGUUCCCUACAAUGUGGGCCAUCAUCACACUCAGUCGGCGGAACAUCAUCACGCAGGCGACUGGAAACCGUGCUACUGCAGCAUCUAUCAGCCCUGGGCCGCACGUGCCCCAACCAAUCCCGUCCUUCCCGGAUCGGGCACGGUUCAUCCCACCUUACAUCCGCCACCGCGCAACACCGUGGACAACAAAGUAGACAUUCCAGCCGUUCUCUCGCACCAGCAGCACUAUCGUUCGAUCCGUUCGUAGCGAUAUAGCUUUCGGGGCUUUCGUGGGAGAAGCCCAUCGAUCACCACCCACCCCAUUCCCUUCCAUCUUCAGCUGGGAUCGCUCUAACUAGUCUGUAAGAAACGAACGUUGCAUUUCCCGUUCCCCAAGCUGAGGGAAAGCAACACCGAACAUAUUUUGUAUAUGAUCAAUAAAAGUUGACACACUUUUUUUUGUACCUUUAAUUUCCCUUUGGGUUUUUCUAUCACACUAUCACUUCCCGCUGUACCCUGCGUUUUUUUUCGGGAACGACGUCCAGCAUUUGCAUGACCAUCACAAACCUGCUUGGGUUGAUCAUCCCGUCGAUCGCAGUAUUAUGUCACACACUGCAUCUUCCCUGCUCGCCGGUGCAACACUGGUGAGAAGAAAAAAAAAAUCAACCCUCCAUCACCAACACACGAUCAAGCAUUGGGAAGGGUUUUCUAAGCGUCUGUAGAUGGCGGUGACGGACACACAUACAUAGGAAUAGUGUACUAUUGCCCGACCUCCAAUAAAUUGAUAAGACGGAUCACAGCGCGGUUCGAACGACGCAGAUGCAAAUCACUCCACGUUCGAACACAUCGCGGGAAGCAACGGUUUUGUUCAGGAAUUGAAGAGUACUUCAAGAACUUCAUCCAACAUGCGAAAAUCGUUCUGUUUGUUACUGCUAGUGUUUGUGCUUUGUUCGCCCUACAGUGCAAGUGCCGCACCCCUUACGAGCGAUAUGGAUCAGAUGGAGGAGAUGGAAGUGCUCGGACUGGUUGGAUGUAAUCAUGCAGUCACAGUAACGGCAUUACCCCUGCUCGGAUUCACCGUUAACCCUGAACCACGUCAGCAGAAGGAUUCGGAAAGCUCAACAGAAUCGGAAGAGAGCGUUAGUGCAUCAAGGGAAAGUCCCAGUGUGCGUGAAAUGCGAACCGAAGAUCGGUGAAUAAAGUGAAUGAUUUAUUUAUA